AUGGGAGGCUUUCUAUCAAAAAGUUUAUAUGGUUUUGGACCUUGUAAAUAUAAUAAUGUUAGUACUGGUGAUUAUGGUGAAUCUUUUAUAAAUAAAUCAUUAGAAUCAGAUGAUACAUUUCAUUUGAAUCAUCAUAUACAAAGAGAAUUAUGGAAAUCUAAUUUUUCUUCUCCAGUUGAAGAUUUACUAAAAAAUGGCAGCGCCAAAGUUUUAGAUGUUGGUUGUGGGCUAGGAACUUUUUUAUGUGAAAUAUCAUCAGAUUAUCCAAAAUCAGAAUUUAUUGGAAUUGAUGUACUGUCGUUGUUUCCAACAAUUAAACCAUUCAAUGUUAACUUUAUAAAAAAAAAUAUUAUAGAUGGUUUACCAUUUGAAGACAACUCAUUUGACUUUGUACACAUCAGAUCUUUAUUUUAUGAUUUCACAGAGUCUCAAUGGAUGAAUAUUAUUUACAAAGAAACAUUGAGAGUACUUAAACCUGGUGGCUGGCUAGAAAUUGCUGACCCAGAAACGAGAGCUUAUAAUACUGGUCCAUUGACUGAUUUUUUGCUCAAAUCAAUAUCUAAAGAUAUAAGUUUAAGAAAUAUAAGUUCUUGUAUUGUUGACAACCAUGAAUCAAAUCUUCGUACAAUUAUUUCUAACAACAAAAAUAUUAAUGAACAAAAGGAAAAAAUAGUCAUACAUCACGAUAAAAAACUUUACCAGAUUGGUAAAUGGUCAGGGAAGAUUGGAGAAGCAACAUCGAUAUUUGUGAUUGGGUAUUUUAGAAAUUAUUUAAUAAAUAAAGGAAAAAAAAAGGGAAUCUUAAAAUCAUACAAUAAAAAUUUCUUCAACAACAACAACAACAAUAAUAAGGAUAAUGACAAUAAUCAUGAAAAAUUAAAAAAAUUAAAAGAUUAUGAACAAUUACUAAAACUUAUAUCUAACGAAUUUGAAAUUUAUAAAACUUAUACUGAGGUUUCAAAAAAAUUAGAUGCUGAUGAUAUUAGAUUAUUAAUAAUAAAAAAGGAGGGUUUCUUAAAAGAAUCAACAAAAAUUAAUCAAGAAUCAUUUCCAAAUAGUGACAAAAAUGAGGAUGAGUGUGACAGACUUUUGCUGUUAUUAAAAUUAAAACCAUCACAAAAUAGAAAAUGGUUAUUUAAUGGAGAAAACAUCUCAAAAAAUCUUCAAAGCAAAAAAAAUAAGGGAAUAAAAAGACAAACUUGCUCACUUGACUAUGGAAUUCUAAAUAUUCAAGAUCCCCUUGCAAAUAGAUAUCUGUCAAAUAAUUUUAUUGAGCAUUACAAAAAGUUUAGUGUAGAUGAUAGCAAAGAUUAUAUAACAAUAGAUGAUAUUGGAACAAAAAUCAAAAAACUCUGUCUUAUAUCAGAUAAUUUGGUCCCUGAAAAAAAGAAAGAAUUUGAAAUAUUUCUAGAAUAUUUAAAAAAUUAUGAAAAUAUUAUGACAUUACUUCUUCUUGAAGAAGCAUUAGAAAAUAAUUAUAUAAUUAAGUUUAAUCAAGAAAAAUAUUUGAAAAAAUGGGCUUUUGAGACCUUUAAUUGCUUUCAUCUACUUUAUUCAUCUGGCAGACUACACUAUAACAUGUCAGAACAAGAAUUAAAUAUGUUUGUAUAUUCACAAAUAUUUGACAAAUUAUUUCUUUUUGAAAGAGACUUAGAAUUCAGAAAUGGGGAGAUAGAAUCAAAUGCUGUUGUCAAUGUAAAAAAUUAUACCAAGUUGACUGGUGAAAAAUGUAAACAUGGUAAUAAAGUAGAUGGCAUGAUAACUAGUAAAAGUAUACCUAUCCAAUGGUUUUGGAAGGAGCUUAAACAUAAGGAAUCAUCUAAAUCUGAUGAAGACAAAAUAAAAUUAGAAAAUGGGGUCAAGUAUUUGUUGGUGAAUUUAUUCUUGGAAAUACCAACUGAUUCACAAGAUAAAUUCCAUGAUCUUGAAGUGUAUGUUGUGCAGGCUAUUGCAAGAUGGUUAUAUGAAGGUUUAAUUGUAAUGUAUCCAAUUUUCUCUGGAAGAAUUCCUUCUGGCCCAGAAGGCAUCCCACUAGUUGUUGAUUCUUUGAAAAAGCUUGCAGCUUUAAAGAAUAGAAUUGAUGAAAAUAUUAAAAAGUUUUAUCAAAUAAUCUCAGAAACUAAUCAAAGAAAAUUUCCCAGUCCUCCAAAGAUAAUUAAAUAUAUUUAA